AUGAAGUUCCUACCCCUUCGCGACUUCGACGUCGUGGCCAGCGCGCUCAACUUCGACACUCCCGAUUGUCACGUUACCGGCGGCUGCGACCUUUACACGACUAAGGCCGCAGGCUCCGACAAGAAGCUCUACAAGAACAUUGACAAGUCGCUAGAAACACAACAUGCUGCCCUGCUCAAGUUCGGGUCCAGCCUGUCACCUCCCCAGCGCACAACCCUCAACCUGUCCCGGUCAAGUCCAUUCGGCCCCCUUUCCGACAUCUCGAGUCGCAGGACAUUCGCAUACCUCAUCGCCACACUGAACGCGUCGCAUCCAGACUAUGACUUCAGCCACGUAUUGCGGCCUGCCGACUUCAAGCGCGAGCGCAACCUGAGGAAAGUGGUCGCCAACCUCGACACGACUCUGCACAGCGCGCGGCCCAACGCGCCAUCCACCACCGAAUUCCCCAUGACCUCAUUACUCCCUCCAAGUAAGAGGUCCAAGGCUGCUGUAGCCGACACGGGGUCGUCGCCCCCGGCCGUGUCCGGCACGGAGUCUCCACCAUGGGGCCCCCACAUGUGGGCCCUGAUCGAUAAGGAGAUGACACUCAAGGAGUGCGCCGUCUUCUCCUACCAACCAACUUCGAACCCCUUUGACGAGGAGACCGCCGCCAUAUGGAGCCUGCACUAUCUCUUCUUCAACAGGGAGCGCAAGCGCGUCGCGUACCUAUACGUCCGGGGUGUGCCCGUGGUAUCACAUAGUUACAACCCACCCUCGCCACUCCGCCACCGCCAGCGAAGCGGCGCCAUGUCGCUGACGCCCUCGUCGUCAACGGGCGACCUGCGCAAGCGCAGGCAGCUGCAGCUCGAAGACGCCGGCGCGAACAAGCGCGCGAGGUACUGGCUCGGCGACCGCGAGGCCGAGCGGAUGCCGACCAGCGACGACGAGGACGACUAUGCGGACGACGGGCUCGCAUGGAAUCGCGACAAGGACGGCGUGCUCGAGCUCGACGAUGAUGACUUCAGCGACGAGGUCUCGGAUGACAACGCCGACGAGCACGAAACGAGCCCUCGGCUGAGCGCCCUGCGCGGCAUGAGCGAGGAUAUCGCCGGGAGGAUGGAAAUUGAGUGA